CUCUUUCUCUCUCUCUCUCAAUGUAACAAUCUCUCUCACACUGUAACAGUCUCUCUCUCUAUCUCUCUCUCUCUCUCUCUCAUGAAUGAGCUGACGUGCAGUGAGAGCCGCCCAGUCCUUUAUAAAGUGUUCUGAGUGCUGCAGGUGUCCUCACUCCACACUCAGUCACAGCCAUGAGUGGAGGCAGCGCUGCUCAACCUCAGCUUUACCUACCCCACCAUGCACCCACCUCACCCUGAACCCCACCACCAGCAUGUGGGACCCCAACAUGUCCAACGUGGUGAAGGAAAGGGGCAGGGGGAACCUGACCGGGGGAGAGGAGCGUGGCUCUGUGUCCGUGGCUUACCCCCUGUCCAUGAUGAUCACCGGCCUGCUGGGCAAUGCCCUGGCCAUGCUCCUCAUCUACACCUCCUAUGGCAAGAAGGGCAGUAAAAGGAAACACUCCUUCCUCCUGUGCAUCGGAUCCCUGGCCCUCACUGACUUCGUCGGACAGCUUCUCACCAGCCCCAUCGUGAUCUCUGUCUACCUGUCCAACAGGCAGUGGGCCAGGGUGGACCCCUCUGGACACCUGUGUGCCUUCUUUGGGCUCGCAAUGACCAUGUUUGGACUGUGCCCCCUCUUCAUUGCCAGUGCCAUGGCCAUUGAGAGGACCCUGGCCAUCCAGAGCCCCCACUGGUACUCCAACAACAUGAAGACUCGAGUCACCAGGCUGGUGUUACUUUGUAUCUGGGGUGGGGGGUUUCUCUUUGCCUUGUUGCCCAUACUUGGGAUGGGACAGUAUACUCUGCAGUGGCCUGGGACCUGGUGCUUCAUCAGCACGAACCAUUCCUCUCCUGGAAAUGUAUUCUUUGCCUCCUCGUUUGCUUCAUUGGGGCUCCUGUCCUUAAGUGUCACUUUCACCUGUAAUUUGGCCACUAUAAGGGCUCUGGUGAUCAGGUGCAAGAAUCGCAACGUUGCCUCUAAGACCAGCAAGCAGUGGGGGAGGAUAACCACAGAGACCCUCAUUCAACUCCUGGGAAUAAUGUGUGUUCUGUUUACCUGCUGGUCUCCUCUGCUGGUAGGCGGAUUUCACUCCUUUAAUGUGCUGACUGACCUCUUUUUUUCCAUCUAGUGGAGGGUAUCUGUUGAUGGACAUGUGUGGGUAAAAGUAGAGUACAAAGUGGGAGUUUGGACCUUUAGCUUCUGCAGAACCUCUUGACAAACACAAUUAACCAGCUUCCCUUAUCGUUGCAUAAUGUAUUGCUGGAGACCGUUUCAUUAAGUAAAUCACUGACUGGUCAUUCUGAUAUCAAAGAGGUUCUACAGUAGCUGUCAGAUGCAUCAUUUACAUACUUUUCAUUGUAACACUGUUGCAUGAUUGUAUGUAAGACACACUUCAAAAGUAUUUUACUAGAAUAUUUGUAUAUAUUUUACAUAUGGUUUUCAAAUAAUUUGAUACAUUUCAAAAUCAAAAUCCCUGUAUCAAUUAAUAGAUCUAAUAUAGUCAAACAAAUUAUGAAUCUUUAACUCAGAGAUAGUUAAUAGCUAAAAAGAUUCUUCUAAUUACUAUCAGUGCAAAUAGUGUCUGAUUACUUAUAUCAUCAGUUUGGAAUACAACUUUUUUUUUUUUUUAGCAAUGAAAAAAUAAACUUACAGGAAUCAGGAAAUAUAUAAACAUUAGGAUGAACAAAUUCAUUUUAUGAUUCGUAUAUUAUUAUAACAUAAUGAAUAUUGCAAUAUAUGUAUAAUUUAAAUUAUUCUGCCUGUAAUUUAAAAGAAUGGUUCCUUGAGUUUUUGAAAACUUGAGGGGUGAGCUGUAGAAGUUUCUAUUGGUUGAUAACUGAUCACAAUAUUGCAGUGAGAGAGCAUGUGCUUAUUUAAAAAUGAAGACACAAUUCCACAUGUCCCAGAGUGAUGGGCUUUCUGUAGAAAUGUUUUUCACAUACAUGGGCAUAAGACAAUCUGUGAUCACUAACUUGCAUUAACCCCUUAAGGACCAAACUUCUGGAAUAAAAGGGAAUUAUGACAUGUCACACAUGUCAUGUGUCCUUAAGGGGUUAAAACAGGCUGUGUCUUUACUAAAUGGGUCACCAAACAAGCAUAUGGUUAUUCACUUUCAUUUACCUAGGAAAACACUUUCUAUGAUACGGGCAUCAUCAUUGCCCCAUGAUGCCAGGGCAGGUUCAUGCACACUCAAGACAUUUACAGCAGAUGUGCCCAAAAGGUAGAUCCCCAGAUGUUUUAAUGAUGCGUUGUAAUUGAAAAGGCAUUCUAAAGGCAUGCAAACCAUCACGUUGUAUUUCUACAACAUCUGGGGAACUUCCUUUUGGGUACCCCGGAUAUACAUAGAAGUGCCAUACAGAUUUAUUUGUGCUUAUUGAUCCCUUCAAUAGUGCAACACAUUAUUAUUAUUCUUACUAUUUAUAUAGCGCCAACAAAUUCUGCAGCGCUGUACAAUGGGUGGACUAACAAGCAUGUAAUUCUAACCAGACAAGUUUGACGCACAGGAAAAGAGGGGUUGAGGGCCCUGCUCAAUGAGCUUACAUGCUAGAGGGAGUGGGGUAAAGUGACACAAAUGGUUAGGGUAGGAGUAGAUUGGUAGAAUGGUAUUCACUGGAGACUUAGUGUGUUUUUUAAUGACAGUUGCAGGAGAGGAAUCAAUUGGGAGCUGUUAACAAUUUAACCCCUUAAGGACACAUGACUAAUGUGACAUGUCAUGAUUCCCUUUUAUUCCUGAAGUUUCUUCUUUAAGGGGUUAAUUGUUACGCUUGCGCCGUACCUGUAUAUACUCCACUACAGAGGGUUACAUUAAUUCACAUGGUAUGCUCUGGUUAUGCCAGGGCAGCCUGGCAUAUGUAAAACAGUAUUUUAAAAAUUAUAAACCAUUGUGAAUAAAAUGUAGAAAAACACACCCUUAUAUGCUAUGAUAUAGCUCUGAAAUAAUCACACACAGAGAUAUUCACUUAAGGGAAAAUUCAAAGUGCAUUUCAAAAUAGCCAAACUCGAAAAAGUUUGCUAAGACAAGUAUUCUUUCAACUUGGCUACGUUAAAUUUGAAUUCAAAGUUUAGUAAAUAACCCUGUCAGUAAACAUUUGAAAGUUGUGAUUUACACAGCGCAGUUUUGAGGGACAUUUUUUUUUAAAGCUGUCAAAGUAUUUUAAGGAAGCUUCCCUGCUUCCAGGUGAUUAAAUCACUUGCUGGUAGACUGUAACUGUGAUUAUUACAGAGUGGGGAGGGAUAACCCUGUGUCAUUAUAUAGGUCUAGCAGUACAUUUUCGUGAAUAUCUAUAAUUUACAUUUUUUUUUUUUAAAGAAUUCGCACAUUUAAAAUGCUCAGUGAAGAAAUCAUCUGGUGCUUUGAGACAUAAGUGUUUUAUUUUUUGAGAUUCAACUGUUUGUCUAAAACUGUAUUCUUUUUCCCUUGUCAACUUUCCACAAUCCCUGGUUUAUUUAAUAAACCCCACACAUUUUGCCCCUGAGACUGCAUGCUGCAGACUGCAACUCUCAUCAUCCUCAACCACACCCAGGUGAGGAGGGUUUCUGCAUGUUUUGCAAUGCAAGCCUGGUGUGUGGUGUGAAUAGUAUCUUAAAUCUAGCAGUUCAGUGUAACAAGGAUUUUUACACCAUAUAUGGAACAUAAAGCAAUUUUUUCAAUCGUUAGAGAAAAUGCAAUGAUAAUAUGUGCUCUCAAUCCCUAUCCUAUAGGGACACUAUAGGCACCAAAUGACGUCGGGACAUGAUUGCAUUAGGACAACUCCGUACGAAAGCACUGAAUCAAUGCUUUCCUAUGGGGUUUUAGCUGACGCUGGAUGCCUUCAUGCAGAGCGUGAGGUUGCCCAGCGUUCGUUUGCCGACAAAAAGUCGCCUAACGUCCGUGAAACGCUUCUAGUGGCUGUCUGGUAGACAGCCACUAGAGGUUGGGAUAACCUUGCAAUGCACUAAGUUUGUCAAUAACUGCAAUAAUUAUAAUUGCAGGGUUAAACUGACAGUGACAGUGCACCCAGACCACUUCAAUGACCUGAAGUGGUUUUGAUGCCUAUAGUGUCCCUUUAAGCUAAAGUUGUUUUGGUGACUAUAUAGAGUACCUUUAAUCCUAGCUGUGGUAACAUUAUUAACUACAGCAAAGUUCCGGGAAAGAUUUAGUCAUGAUAAAUUUGUCCUUGGAGAAAUUUCUCUAGCUCACUAGUUCUGUUUUGGGUGUGAUGUACUAAUUUAUGAGAUAAAGCUCUCCAGAUCUUAUCUUAUCCUGUGGACUAAUUCACUGUAUGUACAGUCAGUUUCUGACAAUGUAUAGUUCUGUAGAAUAUAUCAGAGGAAAACCGAUUUAUCUUCCUAAAAUGAAAGACCACCAAAGGGUUUAGUCAUCGACAAGUUUAUACACUAAACUCCGAAUUGUAGCGAAGUAAAAUCAGAAUAUUAAUAUUCAGGCUUAUCUAGCCUAGCUGGAAAAUUUUCAAAGAUCAGCUAUUUUAGACUAAAUUUUAGUUGACUAUAAUUUGAAGUUUACUGACCAGCUCUGUAAUAGUAAGUUGUAGUAAGCUGGACGAGCUCCAGUGUCAGUUUCUCCCCCCCCCCAUAGAAAAGCAUUGAUUCAAUGUUUACUAUAGGGAGGUCUAAUGUGCGUGCGGCUGGUGGGAAUUUAAAGCAGCACUGUUACCCAAAUAUUAAAAUGAGUAUUUCAUUAAUAUAGGAACUUUAUGAAAUACUUAUUAUGACUGUGUUGGAAUUUCACUGAUAUUCCAACCCAGUCAAGAGAAAUACAGUCUGUCUGUCAAGACCUAUAGCCAUCAUCAGUGAUGGCUGCUGGGUAUUGACUGUGUCUAUGGAGGAUCCCUACGGUGUCGCGGGAUUCUCCAUAGGACUCAAAGCUAUAUUCACACGCAUGCGCGAGAAUACAGCAGUGAUGUUGGCUCCUGGUGCUGAACGCCAGGAUCUGAAGAGGAGAAGUGCAACCAAGAUGGUGGUGUCCGCGGGGGAAAGGUUCAGGCAAGUAAUCUUACCCUUAUCGCCCCUUGCAGACACUGGACCAUCAGCUGCAAUGUCAUCAUCAAGGGACUUCAUGAAUUCUAGAACGUUUCCCCAUGGUGACAGUGCCCCUUUAAGGCGAAAGUAUCUAAACUGAAUGCAUAGCUGACUAAGAGAAUUUUUCUAGAUCGACUAUUCUGACCUUACAUUUGAAAUCACUUUGAAUUCUCACUUUAAUAAAAAAACUCUGGCAGAUAGCUUGUAUACAUAGCUGAAGUAAUAUGUAGUAUGGAACUUUGUAUGGAACUUUAACAUUAAGAAAUAUUAUAUAGAAUUUGAUGCAUGCCAAAAAAACAUAUUGACAGGUUUGUUAUGAGAUCCCUCCCCCCCCACCCAUACUACUAAAAUAACAGUUAUCAUCAAUCGCAAAAACGAAUGCCCCUCUAGACCAAUUGACUUGUAACCUGUGGGAGUUUUGCCAUUCUCUAGUUUCAUUAGUCCUCUUAUCACCAAUUCUCUGCCAGCGGGAUUCCACAAAUUUGGAGAUUUUUGAAGAUUUUAAAUAUAGAAGAGUGGAGCAAAGUUCUAAAAGCAGGAAUCCACAGAGACACCCCACUGGUUUUAAGUACAAUUUUGCUGUGUUUAUCUGUUUGCAAAAAGAAGCGCAAAACCACCGUAAAGGAAAGUGACAAACCCAGACCGAAGAGUAAGAAUCCAGAUUUUAAACUGUUGUUUUCCCAGAUUACUUUAAAAUCCCAUAUAAUUGAUGAACUAAGUGCAGGUGCGACUGGCUAUAGAUGUAAUUGCUGCUCAGCACAGCUGGAACUUCCUACACAGAAUAAUGCUUUCAGCGGAACCAUUCCAGACACAUGGCUCGAUACAAAAACAUGUUGAGUCACAAAAUCCUUUUAAGCGCUUAAUCCGUAUGUGGCAUGUAUUUCAGUGGAUUCCUCCUGUUUAUGUAGGUGGGGGACACGGUAUCUGAUAUUACAAUAUUACGUUAGUGAGUGACCGAAGGUAGGAAUGUGGAUGUUAACCCUCUGAUGGCGGGAACAAUGUGCGAUACAUAGUUUUAUACAGGAAAUGGUGACGCAAAUAGUUAAAUCAGCUUCGUUCUCUACACCUGAUCUCACAUCACAAGCUAUAUAAAAGCCAUCUCCGUAAGGACACAUUGAAACACUUGCAUGUUUAUCAAACACUGAGUUGCAGAGUUAAUUGUCCUGUUGGUGUGUUGAAUGAAAAUCUGUCCUAUCUUAAUUACAUAGUUACAUAGCAGUCUAGGUUGAAAAAAGACUAUCAAAGUCCAUCAAGCUCAACCUUGAAACCCAUUGUUUUCUGCACUUGUAAUUAUCACGUAGAUUUACUAGAGUGAACCUGGAUUCAACGGGAUUCAUUGCAAGGUUUGGUGUUCAGUCUGUGAAGGUGUGUUGGGUUUGUUGCUCAGUCUGUAGAAAGCUGUAGUAGUCUUUUUACAGCAACCUGCAGGUUUUUAUGUUUCACAGAGAGAUGCCGAAUUCUUUGUGUGAAUCUGCACAGUAUGUGGAGUGUUUAAUUUUUUAAAAUUAUUCUGUGGAGUUUCCUCUGAAAGAGGACUCGCCUUGAUGGCAUUCACCUAGAAGACUGUGUAUUUUUCGAGUUCUUGAUUUUUAUCCAAUUUUAGGUCCUUCAGGCACCUUAAUGACUUUAUCUCAAUGAAGUCAUUAUGGUGUCUGGAGGUUCUGUGCAGCGUCCAAGGCUUUCCAGACGUCCAUCUGAUUGAAGCCUAUAUUUCUACUGUGAUGUUUAUGACUUCACUCACUAACAGUCAAGCAGACAUACAGUUAGCUAUAUAUAGACUACCAGCCCUCAUUGUCACUAUGCCUUAUGGAAUCUUAACUACCCGUUAUACUCAGACCUUUGUUUUGCCUUGAUGCCUUGUUAUAAAAUACCAACUUAUAUAGAUUACUUUAAAUUUAAACUCAAUAAUAAAAUAUGUAAUAUAAUUAGAGGGACACUGUAGGCACCCAGACCCAGAAGUUAUCUGGGUGCAUGUUCCCAGGUCCCUUAACUCAACAAAGAAAAUGAUUAGUUAUUAAUUAAUUGCAAUAAUUAUCUUUAUUGAUUAACACCACCUCUAGUGGAACACUUUGUUUUCCUGGCACUAUAGUUUCCCUUUAACAGUUGUGAAAAAAAUAUGCAUUGACUAAAAUCUGCAGAAAUAUUUUUUAAGACCUAAAAAUGUACCUUUCAGUAGCUGCAGAACUCUACAACUAAUUGAAAUCCAUCCAUGUGAUUGGUUUAGGAAAAAUUAAUAGAUAAAUCCACCCAUUUGCUCCUCACAUACUCCCUUGUUAUUACUGGGCAUUGUCCAUUAAUGUGCAUUAAGCACAUAUAUCUAGUCCAAAGAUUCUUUCCUGAGGUUUCAAAAUUUGCAUUUAAAAAAAACUCCUUUCUUUGAAAUUCAAUAUAGACCCCCAUUUAGUAUUAUCAGACUAAAGAAUAUAUUACCAGUGAGGCAGCUAAAGAGUAGCUAAAGAUAGCCAAAUCCCAUAAGAUAAAGGAAGGAGAGGCACGGAUGAGGAUAUUUCACUCUAGGAAAGUUUUUGCAAAAAAUGCAAAUGAGAUUGCCACUUUGAGUUUUCUAUGUGAGAAUGUACAACUCUGUACACCUGUUAAAUUGCAGAUACAUAUACAUACAAUUAUAGAAAGGGAAUAUUUAAAGGUGCAGAAGAUCCUGACCAAAUAAACUUGCAGUCUAUGAAAUUUGAGGUAGGGAGAUAAAUAUGUUGUCUUGGCCAAGGUCACUCAUUAGUGAAGUGGUCUGACCAGGAUCUGAGUAUGGGGUUCCCAGUUCUUAGACAGUUAUGUUACCACUGGUCUAUCCAACCAACUGAGAUCCAUAAACAGAGUUUCUAUGAACAGUAAACAAACUGAGAUUCUCUGCCACCUCUCCCCACCCCUCUGCCUGCACUAAAAUCUCUUAAAUUUGACAUUGCUGGGUUUGAAAAAGGUCAAACGAUUGAACAUAUCUAUCCAAAUGCUAGGUGACAUCUGUAGAGAUUGUUAUUUUCUUGCAAUGGUUGUUUUCACUUUACUAAGAAUGACAUAAAGGAUGAGUAUUUCAACAACAAAAGGGCACGAGAUAAGGUAAAAAGGAAAGACUCCGAAAUAUGUCUUGAUUAGUGAUGUCCCGAACGGUUCGCCACGAACGGUUCGCCACGGACUCAUCAUUGAGUAAACUUUGACCCUGUACCUCACAGUGAGCAGACACAUUCCAGCCAAUCAGCAGCAGACCCUCCCUCCCAGACCCUCCCACCUCCUGGACAGCUCACUAAGAAUGCAGCUUCAAAAUAGAUGCUGUCCAGGAGGUGGGAGGGUCUGGGAGGGAGGGUCUGCCGCUGAUUGGCUGGAAUGUGUCUGCUGACUGUGAGGUACAGGGUCAAAGUUUACUCAAUGAUGAGUCCGUGGCAAACCGUUCGCGAACCGUUCGGCGAACCAUCCGGGACAUCACUAGUCUUGAUGAUCGAUUGUGGAAACAAGAGUUACGAUCUGAAAGUAUACAACAGCAACACUGCAAGUGUAAUAUAAUACACACUAUUGAUGUGGCAUUUUGGUUUAGAUGAUUCCAUCCAUGUGAUUGGUUUGGGAAAAAUUAAUAGAUAAACAAAAAUGGAGAGAAAACGGGCUAAUCAAUGUAAAUAUAUUAUGUAUAUAUUUUACUGUACACUGAUAAACUCAAUUUCAUGCCAAAAUUUAGUCUGAUACGGUAACAAAUGCAGAGCUUCUCAUACUGUGGUGUGGUGACUUCCUGUACCCUUUAUCUGGGACUUAAAUGAUAAAUGUUGCGGUUUUAGUGGGCAUGGGGGAAAGAACCUAUGAGCACAGGUUUAUGUCAUGCCAUUUUAGAAGAGUUUGACUAAAGGAAGAAUACCCUGGCCUCUCUGAUGUGUCUUGGCUAAUGUGGAUGGGGAAAGUCUACAUUUACCCGUCCUUCUUUAGCCAGCAAUAAUAGCUUUAGAAUGCUGGGCUAAAACAGCUCAGAGACUCACAGGCAAUUAUUGUCACCUAAAGUUAAAUUACUUUGGACAAUUAAUGGGAAUGUUAAACGAACUGUCCCGGCACGAUAGCCACUACAGCUCUCUGUAGAGGUUAUGGCUGUCACAGGAGUCGUACCCCAACAAUCAGGAAGAGUGGAAACUCUCAAAAGGUGGAUACGAAAGACGUUUUACCGAGCCUUAGAGUGGCUGGACUUAACGUAUUAAUAUAGAGAAACAAGAUCAAGGUAAGCCAGGUCAGGAUACCAGAAAUCACUAGUCAAAUAAUAAGCCGGGUCAGGAUACAAGAAAUCACAAGUCAAAUAAUAAGCUGGGUCAGGAUACUAGAAAUCACAAGUCAAAUAAUAAGCCGGGUCAGGAUACCAGAAAUCACAAGUCAAAUAAUAAGCCAGCUCAGGAUACUAGAAAUCACAAGUCAAAUAAUAAGCCAGCUCAGGAUACUAGAAAUCACAAGUCAAAUAAUAACCUGGGUCAGGAUACCAGAAAUCACAAGUCAAAUAAUAAGCCGGCUCAGGAUACCAGAAAUCACAAGUCAAAUAAUAAGCCGGGUCAGGAUACCAGAAAUCACAAGUCAAAUAAGCCAGCGCAGGAUACUAGAAAACAAAAGUCAAAUACUAGUCAAAGUCAAAGUCAAUAACAGGAAUAUAGCAAAAGAGACUUAUUACAGCACUAACAUGUAUCAUGACAGAUACAACAAUAGGGCAUGAGUAAGGGCUAGAACAGGCUUUAAACAGGUUCAAGAAGAGUUCCCACUGGUCCACAUCAUCUCUGCAACCCCAAACAGCAUGGGGUCGCCUAGAUGAUGUGGUCCCUUUAGGGCAUGAGGUCAUGGCCAUAAUUUAUUUUAUUAGGAGCUGCAGUUCAUGCCACGAACCAGCAAAGGAAGCCAUUUGUGGGACCAAAGGUAAGUAUACUACUAUUCAGGCUUUUUGGCCACGUAGGGAGUUCUGGCCACGCGGCCUGAGGACUGCAGUAAUGCGGCCACAUGGUGCGUUCUGACCGAGGAGAGGUAAGUUUGUGACAAUGGCACCAGGAGUGCCUUGACACCCCUCUCAGCAUAAGUAAUCAAACUGUUUUUGAACAGUUUGACUUCUUACCUGGAUUCUACCGGGCACCACUCAACUACCAUCUUCAGAGAGUCGUAAGCAAGAACUUCUAUUAGGAAAGUCCAAGCACAAUACCCUUGCUACUCGCUCAGGCUCGUAUCCUUUGACCUUAAUCAUUCCUAAAUGAUGCAAAUCAUGACUUUGGCACUUUUUUUAGUCAUUUGAUUGGGCAUCAAUUCUAUGCACUGUUCAGUAUGAAUUGACACAGGUUAUGAUGUCAGGCAUAUCAAAACUUCUACCUGCUUGGGACUCUUCUAGUGGUUUCUUAACAUAUUUUCAGUCCUUGUUGGUUUUCUGGUUUUGACCCAGCUCAUCUUGUUCCUGAUUUGUCAUUUCGCUGACCCAGAUAAAGGUUUGUCCUGUCUAGGAUUACACUAGUUUUAGGUUAUCAGUACUGAGAUUUCCUAUAACUAAGUGUUAAGCCUGACUCUAAGGCCCGGUAAUACUUUGCCUUUGAUAGGCUGCUGACCUAUAUCUCGCUCAGGAUUCUCUCCAGGUUUGUGUUGAUCCACGUUUUGCUUAUUUCCACAAGGUUGACAGAACUGAUUCCUCUUAGACUUUAGAACAUAAUCAAAAUAUGGGGGUCACAAUGUUGCUAAUUUGUGAAAGAACAAAUCUAUCCCAUGUGCAAAUUGGGGCAGAUUUGUUCUUCCACAAAUAAAUAAAUAAUACAAUCGUGAUACCUAUAACAAUAUCUUCUUUAAUGUGUCGAAUUAACAAAACUACUCUUACCUGAAAUCUGGCUGAUAUACAUUAUUAUUGUCAUAUUUUUAGAGCGCCGUCAAAUUCCGCAUCGCUUUACAAUGGGUGGACAAACAGACAUGUAGUUGUAACCAGACAAGUUGGACACACAGGAACAGAGGGGUUGAGGGCCCUGCUCAAUGAGCUUACAUGCUAGAGGCAGUAGGGUAAAAUGACACAAAAAGGUAAGGAUAGUAUUAGACUAGUGACAGUUGUAGAAGAGGAAUCAGUCAGGAGCUAUUAACAGUUUAAUGGAUACGCUUUUAUGAAGAAGUGGGUUUUUAACGAUUUUUUGAAGGAGUGGAGACUGGGUGAGCAUCUAACAGAGGAGGGAAGAGAGUUCCACAACGACGGUGCAGCCCUCGAGAAAUCUUGAAGGCGAGCAUCAGAGGUGGGAGUACGGACAGAAGAUAGACGUAAGUCUUCAGCAGAUCGUAAGAGCAUAGACGGGACAUACUUGUGUAUAAGGGAGGAUAGAUAGGUGGGAGCAGCAUUAUGUAGAGAUUUGAAAGCAAGAUGAAGUCCCAGUUAUUACAUACACUGGCUAAUGUACAAUGCAUUAAUUCUCAAAAUCAUACUUUAUCUCAUUUUGUGUCUAAACAUCUAGUCUUACCAAACAUACUAUGAAGGCAGAAACAUGCUUUUAUGAUGUUCUUUAUCCUGAUUAUGACCAAUGUGAUAGGAUGUCAAUUUUUUUAUUUUACUAUUUCGCCUAAUAUUAUGUUUUACAAAUUUUUAAUGCCAUACAGUUAUAUACAUAUAUGUUGUUUCGUUGCUGAUAUCUCUUUUUGUCCCAACAGGUGAUAAUGCUAAAAAUGAUUUCCAAUCACACAUCGAUUGAACGUUGCGGAAUGUCCAUGCAGGGUUCGGAGACACAGAAAGACUGCAGUUUUUUCUUGACUGCGAUAAGGCUGGCAUCGCUAAACCAAAUACUCGACCCUUGGGUCUACCUGUUGCUUAGACAAAUUCUCCUCCGGAAGUUUCGUCAGGUUGCAAGUGCUGUCUCAAAUUGCUCUAACGACAGAAUGAAAGAAACUCCGAUGAUCUUAACAACAGAAGUAAAGCCGGAUGGGUGACCUUAACACGUGGAUUUACAUUUGACAAAGCUUCAAAAAUGAACUAUUACUUACAUUGACAGCAUGCAGUAUUCAAUAAAAGCUUUUUGUUUCUCUGUGUGAAACCUAAUUAAAUCAGAAAAAUUGAUAACUACAUUCUUCUCCCAGGAAAACAUUUUAACAAAUAAGUAUUAAAGAAAACUAUAAUGUAGAUAUUUAAUUUCAAAUAGAUAUUCUAAGCAACAUAGCCAUUACAGAUUACUGUGGUAGUUAUGACUCUGGUUCUUUGGGUGCAAUCCUCUCAUUUUCUGUCAAAAUCUUUUUUGCCGGUCUGUUUCUGUCUAUGCCUGUGCGUGUCUUUGUCUAUGUUUAUGUCUGCCUGUGUAUACGUGUUUGUAUCUGUCUGUGUUUAUGUGUGUGUUCCUGUCUGUGUCUUUGUCUGUGUUUGUUGACCAAUUAUUAUUAUUUUUGGGCUCACGUUUUGGGUGUUUCCUCACCCUAGCAAUGACCCUGCUUCAAACUCCUAUAAAACAGUUUGACAGGAAAUGGAAAGGACAGUACCCAAGAACUCUUGCACCAUAAUCACUGCAUUACGUUUAGUGGUUUAGUGCUUUUAGCAUCCCUUUAACCUGCAUAUUUGUAAUUUAAAUACCUGUUUACUGGAAGAGAAAUUUUUAUUAUAUCAUGCCUUCUGAUUUAAUUAAUGAUGACAUUUCUGGUCUAACAAUGGUUAACAAAAGUGCAUAUGCUCAGGUCUGAAUGAAGCCAAAUAGUUUGAAGUCGCCAAGUCCUGGGACGGUCAGAUAACGGGCAAAUAUUGUAGUUAGAUUCCUAUGCCAGGGAGCAUAUAUAUAUAUAUAUAUAUAAAAGGCCCUGGUGUUCUACCUUGCUGGGUAGCAGAGCUGAUGUCCGCUUGGGUAUUUCCCAGGUCUAGUAGUAGGCUCUUCUUUUCACUGACCUAGAGCCCAUGCCUCCACAGAUGGGUCUGUUGCAUUUCUGCCAGCCUGGUUGCGAAAUGAGGCUAAGCAUGAUGGCUAUAGUGAAAGUCGAAGGCCUCAUCAAAGUCACUAGUGUUCUCAUGCUUACUUAUAUAGGGGACUAUUAACAGAAUUCUGGAGAACUAGCAAAAGAAUUUACAAACAAACAAACAAGGACAAAAAGUCAAGCUGGUAAAACAAAAACAAUUUUUUUUUUAAAAUUUAACAAUUUUGACUCAAAAUGUACAAUUAUCUCAUAAUUUCUCCCCAGCUCGCAGUUUAGUGAAUAAAACCCAAGGGUCCUUGGAUGUCAUAGUUUGCAUUCAGAAGGAACAACAAUACCUCCCUCUAGCCUACUAACAGCGUUACUGGGCAAGCUCCACUAGCAUUUAAAGUAUACCCCUUUGCUGCUUGCAUGCUCAAACAAUGGAGGUUGAACUCUGCAAAUACUUAAUGUGAAAGAGCCCUGGAGGCUCGCAUUUCAGCUAUAAAAUUACUGUAUAAAAUGCUGCUAACUGGAUAAUGAGAUUUAUCCUCUGUGCCAAACGUCUAUCUUUUAUAAGUGUAUGUGCACAAAUGUGCAUAUACUUAUGUACAUAUAUAUAUAUAUUUGAGAAAAGAGCUAUUGAUUACAUAUACAGUAAAGUCUGUACACUACAGAGAAGAUUGUUUAAAGGAAUAUUAUACUUAUGAUUUAGAUCAUUGAUUUUUUUGACAGCAUGUUGCACUGGCACCAAAUUCCAAUCAUCAAUAAAAAUGCAAAAUGUAGCAUAAUGAAUGACUGUACUGCAUGGCAACACUUGUACAAUCAGUGUAUGGAGUAAAAUCAAAGCAGAUUGUCAAACUGGAAUGCAAAACAUUUGCCAUUGAUUAAAGUUUUAUGGAAUGGUUCUAGCAGUUUA